GAAUAAAGCGAGCGGGGGGAACCGUUUCAUAGGUAAAGAGGCUCCACUACUAAUACUACUAUUUGUGCUGCCAUGGCGACGGAAGACACCACUACGGCAAUGAUGGAGGAAUUGAACGAGAUAUUUAACAAAAUGAACGACGACAACAAGGCGAAGAGGAGAAAAGCUCUCGAAAAAUAUAGCGAAGUUGUUUUCGAGAGUGAAAUAAUUAAAGAUGAGAGAAAAUUGACAGAUAUACUGACUCACUCCAUCGCCUCGCUGGUGCCCCGUCUGUCAGACCAGUCUGAAAUGAAUCGAAUUAACGCUUCCAAUAUCAUUUUAAAAUUCAUUAAUUUAAGCGUUUUCGACGAAAAACUUCUGAUCGACAUAAUACCAGUGAUUUACCACAGAUUAGGCUCUGCGGUGCCCCCAAUCGAAGAGAGCGAGGAAGUGAGAUUACUGUACAUCAAUAUCGUAGCGGAACUCGUGACUUUAUUCCAAGGGAAAUUGAUUCCUUAUAUGAACGAUGUUAUUAAUAUUUUGAAGGCCUCUGUCCUCGAUCCAAGUCCGGAAGUGCGCAAAGCAGCGACGGAAUGCACGAGCGCUUUUGCGAAGGCUACGAGGGAGAAGUUUCACAUGCAGUCCGAGUCGCUCGUCAAGCCUCUUACGAAGGGCUUAAACCAUCAGCGAUUCAAGAACAGAAUUGCUUGCAUCAAUGCUUUGGGUGAUAUAUUGCUGUUUGGUGAUGGAAAAGUGAUCAAAGAUGUUAGUGGACCAAUGGCACAGUGUGCAAUGGAUUUGCCGCAGGUUCGUCUUGUUCUAGUGACAGUUGGAGGAACUCUUGCGAAAGAAAUGCCUGAUCGUUAUUCUUAUUGGCACUACAUUCUUCCGUUAUUCUUAUUUGGACUCACAGAUGAAGAUAAUGAUGUCAGAGAGAAAGCAAUGACACUCUGGUCAGAAGUUGGAAAACAGUAUGAAAUGGAAAAUGAAGAUCAGUUGAAGGAGGAAAUGGAUUUUGGUAUGGAGACAAGUCAUUAUCCUUCAGGAGAAAGCCGUCCUGGUGUGGGAUGCCGUACUCUUGUUUAUCGGUCAAUUCACCACAUUCUUCCGGGCCUCUUGGGAGAUCUUGAUGACUGGCAGGCUGGACCUAGAUUGCAAGCUGCCAGAUUGUUAACAACCCUUGUAUUGAAUGCAGAGAAAAAAAUAACCCAGUAUGCAGAACGAAUCAUGGUAGCACUUCAUUUAGCAGCCGGUGACAAAGAAGAAAAUAUAGUUAAACAGGUUUUGUUGUGCAGUGAAUAUCUUGGUCAUUUCCUUCCCCCUGCAACAUACCUGAAGUUGGUGCUACCCCGCAUUUGUGCCGCUGAGAAGGGUGAACGGCCGUUAAAGAUAUUAGCUGCUUUAUUGCGAGGUUCCCCAGAUGACCUUGUUGACGUUGAAGUGACGACUAUUUGUCAGACCAUAAGUUCUGAUGAUGUGGCUCAUGUUUAUGACUCGGAUCAUCAAGAGGCCUUGGUAGACCUUAUCACAGUUAUUAUACAAAAAUGUGAUGUGCAGGAAAACAGUUAUGGCCUUUUUUGCACAUUGUUGUUUAUUGCAUCUUCAUCAGAGUAUCCUGAUAUUGUCAAAAAUGCUCAGGAACAGUUAGCAGCUUUAGCACUGAAGUGUAACAUGAAUUGUGUGGAAAACUUAUAUCAGCAACAACUUAAGGCUGUGUUGAUAUAUUUUCAAUCAUCAGCUGAGUCUUGGUUAGAACACACUCCUUGUUUUCAAAUGUUCAUAGGGUUAUUAGAGUUUGGAGACAUGGCAUUGGGCAGUGAAGUAGAGCUCCUUAUAAAAGUUUUAUGCACAUGUGUCCCAACAAAACAGGAUGCUUUAGUUAGCCUAAGAUGUUUAACAAAGAUGCAGCAACUGUUAGUGAGAGAAGAUUGUCCACUUCAGUCUCAAAAUCAGUUGGGAAAACACCUUCCAAAGUUUGUGUUGGAGUGUAUUGCGGUGUUCUUACCUUGGCAUGCUGGCAUGACUGCAGCAUCCUUACGUACAGCGGCUGUUGCGUGUUUUGUUGCAGUGUGUAAAGUGAGAGGCAUUGAAGAACAACUGAAUAAUGAGGUCAAGCAUUGUCUUACUUUGAUGCCAGCUCUAAUAGAAGAUGAAGCUGAAGAUACACGUCGUUUAGCCUGCGAAGCAGUCUCCUUCAUCAAGUCUUAUUAUCCACACUUGAUUGAUUCAGAUGUUCUACACCAAUUGGCAGACAAAUUGGUUGGAAGAUUGGAUGAUAUUCAAGCUAUUGUCCGACUAAGAGCUGCCAAUGUUCUCACCUUGCUAUUUCAAACUUUACCCGAGAAUUAUGAUGCCACUUUGCAGUCAGCCCGACUACAAGACUUGUAUGAAAGAAGCAUGAUAUUCCUAGAUGAUCCCGACAUCAAACUGCAAGAAGCUGUGUUGGGGGUCUUGUAUGAAAUGGGUAGAGUUUCACCACCAUUGCUGAUGGGAAUGUUGGAGAAUGAUUGCCACAAGUAUCGCAAUAAACAACACUGUCUAAAGCUGAUAGAAGACAUGAAAGUAUUAACACUCCAAGGAUAAGAUUGUCUCGUGACAAGUUUGUUUCAUACUUUUUUUAAUACAUGGAAAGUAAGUUUGAGCCUGCAAAAUAGUUGCAGCAACAUAAGUGAAGCUGGUGCCUUAGGUUUAAUACAAUUGUAUUUUUUAAUUCUUCUCUACAUUGUAUUUUUUCAUUCUUCAAUCAUUUUUAUAUCUUUUUCUUAAAUUGUAUCCAUUCACACUUAACUUCUUUUUUUUUUGUUUUUUACUUUGCCAAGAAUCCCAUUCUUGGCAAUCUUUGCCAUCUUUAUUGUUCAUUUUUAUUCAUUCUGUUGAAGUAAAUUAACGAUCACUUGUGGUGAGGAAGCGUGUAUAAUUCUAAUUUUUAUGUUGCUACAGGUAAAACUUUUUACAGUACUAAAUGAAAUUACAUGAACUUUUCAAUUAAGGUUAAGAACUUUGUGCAAAGCUGUUAGAAGAAACAAAUUCAAGAUAAAAACGUGAUAGCUUGCUUGUUAUUAUUGACUAGCAUUAAGAGGUAGUUCAACAAACUUGGCGUCAAAACUCUCAAAAGUCAUGGGUCUGGCCUAAAUCAUUGUUAAUUACAUAAAAGGAUAAUUAAAACACUAUUGCAUAUUAAUGUAUAUUUAAUUCCUAUGAUACAUAAUGUUAUAUGGAUCAAAAAAUCUUCGAAAACAAUAAAUAAUGGCAUGUCUAAUUAAAAUAAAGAUGUAGAAGAUUUCAUUUUAUAAACAAUAUAUACAACCAGCAAAAUGUGUGAAAUUAAUUCAGAAUUGUCAAACAUUUAUUACAUUUUUGUCAAAUACGUUGUGAAAUUUCAGUGGGACAUUAGAAUAAGGCAGUUAAGAUGAAUUUUCAUUUACAUUGUAUGUCUUAAAAUGAUGUGCCUCAAUAAAAUCAAACUUUUGUUUUUUUUCAGUGUUAAAGUUGCAAAGACCUUUGGUCAGCUCCAUUAACUUGUUAAUUGUUUAUAAGGCACAAGAUUUUCAUUUAGUAUUGAUGUACUGUAAACACUGGUACUGUAUAUUAAAUAUGGUAUCCUGGGCCUUAUUAGAAUUAAAUCCACAAUCUCUUCACUAAUAUAACUGUAGUUUUCAAUUUAUCACUACAGUAGAAGUUUUUUUUUAAAUUGUGUUCCUUUGGUAAGUUUUAAAUCUUGACACUGUAAACACAAAGUUAUUUAGUAUAAAAAAGUGAAAAUUGGACACUGGUGCAGGAUUCUGUGAAAAAAUAAUUUCAAAGCCGUGAGAAAUUAUCAAUUCUUGUUAAAUGCUACUCAUGGAAAUUGUGAAUGAAGUUAUGGCAUUCAGUCAAUCAAAGCGCUUGCGUAAUGUUUAUCACGCGAGGUAAGAAAUAUACUCUGUAAAUAGAUUUACAUGUUCUGUACAAUAGUUAAAAAAAAUGGGAAAUAAAUUUGUGCUUGACCUAUGACAUAGCAGUAUAAAGGUUUCAUCAGCAUAUCUAAAUGGCAGGCGCUUGGCAACUUUUAGGAUAAGCUGACAGUAGUGCAACUAUCACAGCCCUAACCCUUCAGAAUCCAUACUUGAGAAAAUGUUCUCAAUGUAAUACUUGUACAUUUCACUUAACUUUUCAUUCAAACUUCUUACAUCAUCUUUACUUCAACAAUGGCUUGUAAUGGUAAAGUACAAUUCAAUCUAGUAAUUUUUUUUUUCUCUUAGGCAAGAUAGCAUAUGUUGUCCACUUACAAAUGCAUUCAAUAUCACUCAAUUACAUUUCUAGAAAUACUUUUCAGCAUCUUAACAUCAAUGCAUGAAGCAAAUUUGGUAAAUGCAGUUCAUAUUUUGCAUUAUGCACAUGGCUUUUUUUUUUGUUUUUACAAAUUUGCAGGUAAAAGCAUUGAUAUGAUAAACAUUUAAUAAGAGAAAUUACUGUUAUUUACAAUUCUCAUUAUGCCAAUUUCAUUGAAUACAAAACCACACUUUCACACUACACUACAUCAUAAUUAAUGGGUAACACUUUUCAUAACACUAUGAAAUGGUUUACAUUGGUAUUACAGUGUCUACAUACAGUAUAAAUACAUUUUCACUCUACUGAUAUGUACAUUUCAUACAUCUCGUGUCCAGUCGUCUUCAAGCUUUGAGGAAAACAUUCAAUAUGGCAUUUUUUCCCCUCACAAUGAACAGGACUGGAUUUAUUGUUCAAGAUAGAUCCUGUAAUGGGUGUUUUAACAUACGGCAGCACUUUCACCAUACUGCUAGGUAGUAUUUCCCAACACUAAGAACAGGUCACACAAAUUUUGUUAGUAAUUUAAUAUUAAUCACAGAUUAAGUGAGAUUAACAAGCAUAUAUAUCUAUGCCCUUUGCUGUACUACCCAAGUCAAAAUCCUUCAUGAGUAAUUCAAGAUAUUUUUGAAAAGAGGCAGUAUAAAAUCAAAAUCAUUUUUAAGACAUGCUAAUGAGAUGUCCCAACCUUGUUAAUCAGGUCAUCACAGAGCUGUGUCAAUUCCUGGUUCUCACGGGUUUUACGGUCGUUAGAAUCCUGAAGCGACAUGAUCUUCAUUUCUGCCUUUUUCAGGAGGGCCGCCAUUUUCGUCAUCUCCUGGUCGUUUGCUCGUCUCAUUGCUUCAAAUUCUUCAUUUGCUCUGGAAAUAUAAAAACUGAUAAGUUUGAUUUUUAAACUAAAAGCUACAAAAAUACUAAAUCUGGUUUUUCCUUAGGAACUUGAAUAGUAUAAAAUUUAGGCCAAAGGCCAAACGCUGGGGCCUAUGAGGUCAUUCAGCCCUGAAAGGAAAAUCAAGAGUAAAGGGGGUUUUCAAGGUGUAACGGAAAAAAAUCUCGCAGUUGAACUAUGAAAUAAUUGUUAGGAGACGGUGGAAAGUUAGAUGGAAGAGAAUAUGAACAGAAGUACUGUAAAAGGAAUGAAAGAUAUUGCAGCUAGGGAUCAAAGGGUUGCUGCAAAGAGAACCUAAGUAAUGCCUGCAAUGCACCUCAUGGGCUACCCUAUAUGGGGGUUUUUCAUAAUAAAGCCUAUACAUUUAAAAUGCCAUAAACCAUGAACACAAACUGGACCCUAAAAAGUAACAUAGGAAGCAAAUUUUUCACUGAAUAAUCCAAUUAAUACAAAGACAAGAUUUUCACUAUUCAUGUUAAGCUUUAGCCCAAUUCUAAAAAAAACAAUUUUGUGAGAAGUUUAGAUAACAGAAAAUUACUAUAUAUGCAGGUUACUAGUAAAACUAAGAUCUUCAAUACUAAUACUUACAGCUGAAUCUUCUCUUCAGCAUGUUUCUGGAACUCGAUAAAUUUUUGUUCCUGCUUUUGUAGCUUAUUUUCAUAAUCAGUUACAGCACCUCUUAAAGUUUCUUCAUUUCUUCGUAGAGUGUCUACAACCUGUUUUGUUCUUUCAUAUUUCCUGUAAUGAAUAAAGAAUUCUCUAAAGACAUGUAAAUAAAUACCUAAUAAGUUAGGCUUAAAAAAAAA